GGUCAAAGACUGCAGACAUACUACAGGAAACGGUCAGAGACUGCAGACAUACUACAGGAAACGGUCAGAGACUGCAGACAUACUACAGGAAUUGGUCAGAGACUGCAGACAUACUACAGGAGACAGUCCGAGACUGCAGACAUACUACAGGAGACGGUCAGAGACUACAGGCAUGGUACAAAAGAUGGUAAGAGGCUACAGACAUACUACAGGAGAUGGUCAGGUACUGCAGACAUACUACAGGAGACAGUCAGAGACUAUGGACAUACUACAGGAGAUGAUCAGAGACUUCAGAUAUUCUGUGUAUUUCUGUGCACUGGGCAGGAGCACUCA